GUGGUGGGAUUCAAGAGGAUUCACUGGAUGUUUAGAAUAUGCUAUGAAUGAACCUUUUAUUAUCGUGAUCCCAGAAAAGAUAAAAGAGAGAGGAUGUGUGUAUGCGUUCUUGCAAUGGUCAAAGAUUGAAGGUGGUCAGGAAAAGAUAAACGAUACAAUAGUUACUUCAUUUACAGUUCAAAACGCGAAAAGAAUUUUGUUAGCAGAAAUGAAAAAUUCUUCAAAUGAAUCGUCUGGUUUAUCGAAACUUGAUUGA